GCCGUGCUGCGUAUAAUCCUUUCCUUUUUACGCAGCAGGUUUUUGCACCCCAGGGACUGUGAGUUGGCCCUGGUUGUGCAAGAGAGAAGCUCCCCUUGCUUUCCUUUCCUUUCCCGUUGGUUGCCUGGCCCUUCCUCCUCCUUCCUUGGACGUGGGCCAGGGAACAAGGCCACCCCUCGAAGGGCGGGCGGUCCAGGGCGAGGCCACAAGGAAACGGUUCUUCUUUGGUGGCCUGUUGUGGAAAGACAGCAGCCGACAGGUGAGAAGCAGAGAGACCAAGGAAGGAGAGGCAGAGAUCCAUCCCAUCGAUCGGACAUCAGGAAAUUCCGCUUUGAGCUUCUCAUGGCCGGGAACCGGGGCACCGUCCGGGGAGCGUCGCACUUCGAUGCCGGCGAAGACGCCCAGAAGCUGCGCAAAGCCAUGAAAGGCCUGGGAACCGACGAGGACGCCAUCAUCGACAUCCUCGCCCACAGGAACCUGGCCCAGCGGCAGGAGGUCAAGAUGACCUACAAGGCCACCAUCGGCAGGGAUCUGAUGAACGACUUGAAGUCGGAGCUGAGCGGGAAGUUUGAGAAGGUGCUUCUUGCGCUGAUGACGCCCAUCACCUUGUACGACGUGGAGGAGCUCAAAAGGGCCAUGAAGGGGGCCGGGACGGAUGAAGGCUGCUUGAUCGAGAUCCUGGCGUCUCGCAACAACGAGGAAAUCCGGCGGAUCAACGAAACCUACAAACACCAAUACGGGUCCACGUUGGAGGAAGACAUCGUGUCGGACACCUCCUCCAUGUUCCGGAGAGUCCUGGUCUCCCUGGCCACCGGCAACCGGGACGAAAGCAACUACGUUGACGAAGCCCAAGCCAAGCAAGAUGCUGAGUGCCUUUAUGAAGCAGGGGAGAAACGGUGGGGGACGGAUGAGGCCCAAUUCAUGACGGUCCUCUGCACAAGGAACCGGAACCACCUGCUAAGAGUGUUUGACGAAUACAGGAAGAUUGCCGACAAGGACAUUACGGAGAGCAUCAAGUCCGAGAUGUCCGGAGACCUCGAGGACGCCUUGCUGGCCAUCGUCAAAUGCAUGCGGAGCAGGACCGCCUACUUUGCCGAAAGACUCUACAAAUCCAUGAAGGGCCUGGGGACGGACGACGACACGCUCAUCCGCCUGAUGGUGUCCCGUUGUGAGAUCGACAUGAUUGACAUCAAGGCGGACUUCAAGCGGAUGUACGGGAAGUCCCUCUACGCCUUCAUCAAGGUAGGGCGUUGGCUGUCUCUCUCUAGCUAUUCAUCCAUCCAUCUCUAUCAAGGGGUUGGACUGGAUGGCUUGGCCAUCUCUCUCUCUCCAUCCAUCCAUCCAUCCAUCCAUCCCAUCUCUAUCUUAAAGGGUUGGACUGGAUGGCUUGGCCAUCUCUCUCUCCAUCCAUCCAUCCAUCCAUCCAUCCCAUCUCUAUCUUAAGGGGUUGGACUGGAUGGCUUGGCCAUCUCUCUCUCCAUCCAUCCAUCCCAUCUCUAUCUUAAAGGGUUGGACUGGAUGGCUUGGCCAUCUCUCUCUCCAUCCAUCCAUCCAUCCAUCCAUCCAUCCAUCCAUCCAUCCCAUCUCUAUCUUAAAGGGUUGGACUGGAUGGCUUGGCCAUCUCUCUCUCUCUCCAUCCAUCCAUCCAUCCAUCCAUCCCAUCUCUAUCUUAAGGGGUUGGACUGGAUGGCUUGGCCAUCUCUCUCUCCAUCCAUCCAUCCCAUCUCUAUCUUAAAGGGUUGGACUGGAUGGCUUGGCCAUCUCUCUCUCCAUCCAUCCAUCCAUCCAUCCAUCCAUCCAUCCAUCCAUCCAUCCCAUCUCUAUCUUAAAGGGUUGGACUGGAUGGCUUGGCCAUCUCUCUCUCUCUCCAUCCAUCCAUCCAUCCAUCCAUCCCAUCUCUAUCUUAAGGGGUUGGACUGGAUGGCUUGGCCAUCUCUCUCUCCAUCCAUCCAUCCAUCCAUCCAUCCAUCCAUCCAUCCAUCCAUCCCAUCUCUAUCUUAAAGGGUUGGACUGGAUGGCUUGGCCAUCUCUCUCUCCAUCCAUCCAUCCAUCCAUCCAUCCCAUCUCUAUCUUAAGGGGUUGGACUGGAUGGCUUGGCCAUCUCUCUCUCCAUCCAUCCAUCCCAUCUCUAUCUUAAAGGGUUGGACUGGAUGGCUUGGCCAUCUCUCUCUCCAUCCAUCCAUCCAUCCAUCCAUCCAUCCAUCCCAUCUCUAUCUUAAAGGGUUGGACUGGAUGGCUUGGCCAUCUCUCUCUCUCUCCAUCCAUCCAUCCAUCCAUCCAUCCCAUCUCUAUCUUAAGGGGUUGGACUGGAUGGCUUGGCCAUCUCUCUCUCCAUCCAUCCAUCCCAUCUCUAUCUUAAAGGGUUGGACUGGAUGGCUUGGCCAUCUCUCUCUCCAUCCAUCCAUCCAUCCAUCCAUCCAUCCAUCCAUCCCAUCUCUAUCUUAAAGGGUUGGACUGGAUGGCUUGGCCAUCUCUCUCUCUCUCCAUCCAUCCAUCCAUCCAUCCCAUCUCUAUCUUAAGG